AUGAUAACAUAUAUUGUAUUUGUUUUGAGUACUAUUUUUGUGUUGAGUUUUGUAGGAUUUUCUUCAAAGCCAUCUCCUAUUUAUGGGGGAUUGGGUUUAAUUGUGAGUGGGGGUACAGGGUGUAGUAUUGUUAUAAGUUUUAAUGGGUCAUUUUUAGGAUUGAUAGUGUUUUUAAUUUAUUUAGGGGGUAUGUUAGUGGUAUUUGGUUAUACUACUGCUAUGGCUACAGAGCCUUAUCCUGAGGUAUGAGUUUCUAAUAAGACGGUGAUGGGGUCAUUUAUUGUAGGAGUAGUAAUAGAGUUUAUUUUGGUGUUGGUUGCAUUAAAGGGUGAGGAGUUGGAAGCUAUCUUUAAGUUUAAUGGACUAGGGGAUUGAGUUAUUUCUGGUGAAAGUGAUUUAGGGUUUGUUAGUAAGGAGGUUGUUGGGGUUGCAGGUUUAUAUAGUUAUGGUGGUUGAUUGGUAAUUGUUACUGGUUGAUCUUUGUUGGUUGCUGUUAUGGUUGUUAUAGAGAUUACACGUGGUGGGUAA